AUGUCUGAGAAGGUGACUACCAGCUACCAGAAGGUUCAGGCCUUUCCCACUUGGCUGCUAUCUGUGAAAAUCUUGCAAGCUAAAAAUAUAAGGAAAGCAGACAGAUGUAAUGGAGCAGAUUGCUAUAUAAUGCUGUGGCUGCCAACAGCUUCAAAGGAGAAAGCGAGAACUCACACUGUUCUGAAUUCUACAGCACCAGUAUGGAAUGAAACCUUCCAUUUUGUGAUCCAGAGUCAAGUCAAGAAUGUCUUGGAACUGAAGAUUUUUGAUGAACGUUUUCAUUCCAGUGAUGACCUUCUCUUUACCAUUCUCUUUGAUGUAGCUGAAGUCUGUUCUGGAGAGAGAAUCCUGGCAAAUUUCAUUCUAAAUUCAGAGAGAAAGGAAGAACUGGAUGUGGAGUUUGCAGUGCAGGAACAUCUAGGUGAUCUUGAAAGCCUCGUCACAAAUAAUGUCCUGGUGUCUCGUCCAGUUUCCUGUUUAAAUGUUCAUGUGUUCAAGGAGAAGAGCAUGAAGAAAUUGAAAGAAGAAAAUGACCUUGAACUAAGAGUGAACGGAUCAUAUGAAGAUACAUGGAAAGUGGCUUUGGAAUCUGGAUUGGCAGAAUCAUUUCCCUUCCAUUACACAACAUACUGGGAACCAGAAUUAAAUGCUCAUCUGCAGUUCACCAGACAACAGCAAGGUCUGUACCAGUUGAGAUUCAAGGAAGCAGGCAUUCCAAAGCAUUGUUCAAGUAAUGAGGAGCAAGACAAAGAAAAUUCUUCUGCAUCCUUGAUUAUGCCUCUUAAAUUACUUUCUUCAGGAAAGGACGUGAAAGUAAUUCUUCCUGUGUCAGCGGAUUCUGAUCUGGAACUGAAGUUACACACAAAGGCCUGCUCAGAACACCUUGAUGUGCGGUUGGGAUUUGACUUAUGUAAAGAGGAAAACUCUUUUCUGCACAAACGGAAAGAAGUGGUGGCUGCUGCUCUGAAAAACAUCCUCCAUCUGAAAGACACUCUGCAGGACCAUGAGGUUCCAGUAGUGGCAGUCAUGGCAACUGGAAGUGGAUGCAGAUCAAUGGUGUCUUUUUGUGGGCAGCUCUCAGGAUUGCAGAAGCUUAAUAUUCUGGAUUGUAUAACAUAUAUCAGCAGCACUUCUGGCUCAGCUUGGGUUGUGUCAAAUUUAUAUAAAGACUCUAAUUGGUCCCAGAAAGAUCUGGCAAGGCCAAUCCAUGAGGCCAAGAAGCACCUAACCAAAAACAAGAUUAGCACUUUUUCUCUGGAUCAUCUAAUUCAUUAUCAAACGGAGCUGAAACAUAGGGAUGAACAGGGCAUCUCUACUUCUUUCAAUGAUCUGUGGGCAGUUGCUCUUGAGACUAUCUUGCAUGAUAAGGUUGAUGAUUUUAAACUGUCUGAUCAGCAGCAGGCUGUGAAUGAAGGGCAGAAUCCCCUACCUCUUUAUUUAGCCCUUAAUGUGAAAGAAAACCAAAUUUCUGCCUUUGAUUUUAAAGAAUGGUGUGAAUUUUCUCCUUAUGAAACUGGUUUUCUGAAAUAUGGUGCAUUCAUUCACUCAGAAGAUUUUGGAAGUGAAUUCUUCAUGGGAAAACUAAUGAAGAAAAACCCAGAGUCUCGGAUCUGUUUUUUAGAAGCAUUAUGGAGCAAUACUCUUGCUGUGAAUUUGCUUGAUGACUGGAAUAAACUGAGCAGCACCGAUGCAUAUUGGCAGAAACUUAUUCGAAGCAAAAUAAGAAAUAUUGAGAGAGGUCAUGUUCCGCCUCAGAAGUCCACCUACUUGGAGACGUCUUGGAUCUGCCCUGAAGGGAUGCUGUCUGAGGUUAUAAGAGAUGUUUUAACUGAUCGUCCUUUGCAUUAUCAUGCCCAUAAUUUUCUCAAGGGUUUACAUCUGCACAAAGAUUACUGCGAAGAUAGCCAAUUCUCUGUAUGGAAAGACUGUCAACUAGACCAGUUCCCUAAUAGACUUACUCCAUCAGAAGAUGAGAUAUCAUUGGUUGACGCUGCAUAUUUCAUCAAUACCAGUUGUCCCCCACUCUUGAGGGAGGAGAGAAAAGUGGAUGUCAUUUUAUCAUUUGAUUAUUCCCUGGAUACCCCUUUCCAGUCUGUAGAGCAAAUGGAAAAAUACUGCGAGGAGCAGGGAAUUCCUUUCCCCAGGAUUUCACUGAGUGAGGAAGACAAGAAGAAUCCAAGAGAAUGUUACCUGUUUGUUGAUGAUGAGAAUAAAAAAGCUCCCAUAGUGCUUCAUUUCCCACUUGUGCUUGAUAGUUUUCAGAACUUCAAAGAACCUGGAGUGAAACGUAGCAAAGCAGAGAUGGAAGAAGGUACAGUCCCUCUUGCUGGCUGUCAGUCUCCAUAUCACUUGAUGAAUUUUACCUAUACUAAGAAGGAUUUUGACAAACUCCUGAAACUGACUGAGUACAAUGUCCAGAAUAACAGAGACUGGAUUCUUCAGGCUUUCUGCAUAGCCAUAGAACAGAAAAAAUGA